AUGUUGACGGCCUCUACAGCAUGUCAACAUGGCCAUGUUGACGGCCAUGUUGACAUGCCUCUACAGCUAUUAGAAUCAGAUCCUGCACUGGCCAACCACAUCCUGUCUAUCCAGGAUUUGCUGGAGUCUCCCCUCAAUGUAGGGGAAGUUGCUGCAGAAACAGCUACUGAUAACACGCUGAGCCGCAUGUUGAACUGGAGUUGUGUCUUGUGGGGUAGCACGGUAGUGAUCCUGACCUCACUGAGGACUAGAGUCCUCGAUUCUCUGCAUGAGGGACAUCCAGGCAUAGUCUGGAUGAAGGCGCUCAUGCGUAGCUACCUCUGGUGGCCUGGACUAGUUAAAGUCAUUGAGGCCCAGGUCCACAGGUGUCACAUUUGCCAGCAGUCAAGGCCAGAAAUGCCACGUGCUCCUGUACAUAGAUGGGAGACCACACAACCCCCUUGGUCGAGGAUUCAUAUUGACUUUGCUGGCCCCUUUCAGGGGCAACUCUUCCUCAUUGUUGUGGACAGUCACUCCAAGUGGCUAGAGGUCGUUCCAGUGUCCACUAUGACUAUUGCCAGGACCUUCCAGGUGCUGAGGGGCAUUUUUGCAAUGCAUGGGCUCCCAGACGUCAUAGUCUCAGACAAUGGGGCUCAAUUUACAUCCUCAGAGUUUCAGUUCUUUCUGAGGGCAAAUAUGAUUAGGCAUGCCACAUCAGCUCCUAAUGGCCAAGCGGAACGCAUGGUUCGCACAACAAAGGAAUCCUUAAAGAGGAUCACCCAUGACAAUUGGCAUCACAGGUUGGCAGACUUCCUCCUCUGCCAAUGUACAACGCUCUGCACUUCUACGGGCAAAAGCCCAGCUGAGCUAAGAUGGGGGCACCGGUUGAUCACGAAGCUGGAUUGCUUCGUGAUCAACCAAGGCACUUGCAAGUGGGUGAUCCAGUUUGGGCAUGCAACUAUGGACCAGGGGCACUGUGGGUGGUAA